AUGUGGAGCAUCGCAAGCCGAAGGGCGAGUCCGGCCGAGCGGCCUCCCCGGCAUCCCCAGGGCCAUGUCGGCCACCUGACCUCUGCACAGGACGAGGCCCUCGAGCAGCUCAAGAAGCUCAUGGAGGAGCACGGGCUGUGGGACAGGGGACCGUCCACGACGCACGACGACGCGACUUUGGUUCGCUUCCUCCGCGCGCGACGUUGGAUUGUCCAAGACGCUGCCAAGCAGUUCAAGGAGACGCAGGAGUGGCGCAACAGCAUCGACCUCGACCAUCUCUACCAGACCAUCGACGUCGACAUCUGGGAUCGGACGCGUUGGAUGGUUUUCCAAUGGACCGGUCGACGAGACCGCCACGGCCAUCCCAUCUACCUCUUCGACCUGGGCGCCAUCGAGGUGAGCAACGUUUACGGGUGUGAACGCCUCCUCAACGACUCGGACAUCCUGGGCUCGCGGCGUACCAUGCCACCCUGCACCCAUGUGCCCGGCCGCACUCACCCGGAUGUGCCCGUCACCAUGGUGACGGGCAUUGUCGACGUCUCCGGCUUCUCCUUCAAGACGUUCUGGUCCCUCUACAGCCACGCCUACAUGCUCUGUCGCCUCUUCUUCGGACACUACCCGGAGACGGUCUCGCGCAUGUUUCUUGCCGGCGCCUCGCCCGUCUUUAGCAUCAUUUGGAACUAUGUGAGACGAUGGAUCGACCCUGUCUCAAGCGCAAAGAUUGUCAUCCUCCGGCCCGACGAGGUCAAGGCCGCCCUCGAGGCCGUCAUCGACUCGCGCGACAUACCCGUCAAGUACGGCGGUGAGCUCGACUUUGCCUACGGCCAGCAGCCCGCCCUCGAUCCGGCGAUUGACUCGCUUCUCGACUGGGAGCCGGGCUUCGACAAGUUCCCCAUCUGCCCCGUCCUGUGGGAGGACACGGACGACGGCGAGCGCAUAGCCUGUUUCACCUGCGGCACCAAAGACGGCCAGCCGCGGAGGCAGCGCGUGUGUACCAUGCGCAAGAUGCGGCCGGGCGACGACGACGCGCGGGCCUCGGUGGCCGUCGUUUCUCCUGCCGGCGACAAGCUGGAGCUGGCUGGCGCGGAACAGCCCCAGCAGAAGUUGAAUGGUCACAUCUCCGUCAUUCCUCCCGCGGCCAAGGAAAACGCAACAAGUGAGUGA